UGCCGUGUCUCAUUGUGGACCUUAUAUUUUGAAAUACAACACUGGAAGCUCGUGGCUGACUGUUUAUCCAUUUCCACUCAGAGCAACUCAACAAGAGGGAAUGGCAGUGGCGCUUCUCUCAGCACCCCCACCACUAUCUCAUAAAACCUCCUCCUUUCAGCGCCCUUACUCCAUCUCUUUUCGCUCCAUAACUUCCGUCAACUACCCAUUUAGGCUUACCAUCCCUUUCUCAUCUGCUGCUUCAUCUGAUGGCGUUGCCGUCGAAUCAGAAUCUUCCACCAUGGUUGCAGUUGAAGAUCCUCCUUUCAGGGGUUGCAAGGCCUGCGGAAAAGAUGAAUUGGAGAGGGGAUGCAAUGGUGAGGGGAGGAUUCAAGGAGGGAUUGCAACAGUCCCAGGGUUUGGUUGGUGGCCUAUAAAGGCUUACCGUCCUUGCCCUGCAUUCGUUGCAUCCGGAGGUCGCUAUACGCGGCGUGGUCAAAGCAUGGACGAUGUUGCCUCUGGAGGAGGGAGAAGAGUGAGUCCUGUAGGAACUGCUGAUGAGGUUGAGUCAAGCAAGAACAAGCAAGGUCGAAGGAAGUUCAAAAGAUAACCAAUGCCUGGAAUGAGAUCUGGUGAACAAACAUGACGUGGGAACAUUCAGUUACAUUAGUGUAAAAACUAAAUAUUCUUUUCAACUUUUUAUGCAAUUUUUAUUUUAAUAAUUCGAUCACCCAUAUGGAUAAUAUAUGUCAAAAUUUAAAUAAAAUACAAAUACUUAUUUUAUUU